AUGUCGGGGCCGGAGCCGGAGCCCGCGGCCGAGGCGCUGUGGGGGCAGGAGCUGGCCCGGCUCUGCGCCUCCCGCGUGCCCCUGCGGGCGCUGCCCUACGCCAUGGUGGACAAGCGCCUGAUCCGGCAGCUGCGGGAGCCCCAGGGCGUGCAGACCUCGAGGUGGCGGCGGUGGCGGCGCGGGCGGCGGACGGCUGCGCGGCGCCUGCGGGAGGCGGCCCGGCGGCUGUCCCGCGGCUUCGGGCUCUGGGAGGGGGCGCUCUACGAGAUCGGGGGCCUCUUUGGCACCGGCGUCCAGGCCUACUUCACCUUCCUCCGCUUCCUGCUCCUACUCAACCUGCUGACCCUGCUGGUGACCGCCAGCUUCGUGCUGCUGCCCCUGGUCUGGCUCCACCCCCCUGACCCAGGCCCUGCCCUGAACCUGACCCUGCAGUGCCCCAGCGGCCACCAGCACCACACUGGCUUUCCAAGGUUCCACAAUCAGUUUUGGAACGUGUUGAGUGGCAGGGCCUUCAACAACACCUAUCUCUUCUACGGUGCGUACCGGGCGGGCCCCGAGCGGCACUCGGCCUACAGCAUCCGCCUGGCCUACCUGCUCAGCCCGCUGGCCUGCCUGCUCCUGUGCUUCUGCGGGACUCUGCGGCGGAUGGUGAAGGGGCUGCCCCAGAGGCCAGUCCUGAGCCGGAACUACAGGGCGCCCCUCAGUGCCAAGGUCUUCUCCUCCUGGGACUUCUGCAUCCGCGUGUGGGAGGCCGCCGCCAUCAAGAAGCAUGAGAUCAGCAACGAGUUCAAGGUGGAGCUGGAGGAGGGCCACAGCUUCCUGCUGGCACAGCAGCAGACGCGGGCCCAGAGGGCCUGCCACCUGCUCGCCUACGUGCGGGUCAACCUCCUCUUCGGGCUCCUGGUGGUUGGGGCCAUCAGCGCCAUCUUCUGGGCCACCAAGUACUCGCAGGACAACAAGGAGGAACCCCUGUUUGUGCUACUCCAGUACCUGCCCCCCGGAGUCAUGGCCCUGGUCAACUUCCUGGGGCCACAGCUGUUUGUGUCGCUGGCCCAGCUGGAGAACUUCCCUCCCAACACGGAGGUCAACCUCACCCUCAUCUGGUGCGUGGUGCUGAAGCUGGCCAGCCUGGGCAUGUUCUCCUUCUCCCUGGGUCAGACCGUGCUGUGCGUGGGCGGAAACUGGACCAGCUGCGCGGCUCACGGCUACAACGCCUGCGACUACCAGUGCUGGGAGAACUCGGUGGGCGAGGAGCUGUACAAGCUGCUCCUCUUCAACUUCCUGCUCACCGCGGCCUUCGCCUUCCUGGUCAGCCUGCCCCGCAGGCUGCUGGUGGAGCGGCUCUCAGGCCGCUUCUGGGCCUGGCUGGGCCGGGAGGAGUUCCUGGUGCCGCGGAGCGUGCUGGACAUCGUGGCCGCGCAGACGGUCACCUGGAUGGGCCUCUUCUACUGCCCGCUGCUGCCGCUGCUCAGCAGCGUCUUCCUCUUCCUCACCUUCUACAUCAAGAAGUACACGCUGCUGAGGAACUCCAGGGCCCCGCGGCGGCUGUUCCGCGCCUCCAGCACCACCGUCUUCUUCCAGCUGGUGCUGCUCCUGGGCCUGCUGCUGGCCGCCGCGCCGCUGGGCUACGUGGUCAGCAGCGUCCACUCCUCCUGGGACUGCGGCCUCUUCACCAACUACUCGGCCCCCUGGCAGGUGGUCCCCGAGCUGGUGGCCCUGCGGCUGCCGCCCCUCGGCCAGCGGGCCCUCGGCUACCUCAGCUCCCCCGCCUUCGGCUUCCCACUCCUUAUCCUGCUCAGCAUCACCCUCACCGUGUGCGUGUCCCAGGCCCGGGCCAACGCGAGGGCCAUCCACGAGCUCCGGAAGCAGCUGGUGUGGCAGGUGCAGGAGAAAUGGCACCUGGUGGAGGACCUGUCGCGGCUGCUGCCGGAGCCGGGCCAGAACGAGGCUCCGGGCCCCGAGUCCCCUCUCUCCAGAGAUUCGCGCCCACGGUCCUUCUGCCCCGGAUUUCCGUGCCCAGGCUCCCCCGGUCCCAGACCCCCUGGACCCGGACCGGUCCAUAGAUUCCGCUUCCCCAGCGGCAGGGAGCUGUAGCACUGACCCUCGCCCCUCCCGCAGCCCCCACCCCAGGGCCCCGUUUAGCCUCCUUACCCCGCGCUGCGGGCCCCUGCUGACCACGGUGCUCCCCUGGGGCAGCAAGAAGCAUACGUGGCGGCUUCUGUCUCCCUCCAGCGUCUGUGUUUGGGCGUUGUAUCAGCUACCUAACAACUCGGUCUAGUGACCCGUGAAGGUGGCUUCUAAAUUUACACCCGCAGGGGGUGCUGGGAAAUUGUCCAUUUGCAGACCUCUCCUGGUUGCGGGGGCUGGUCCCCAGGACAGCAAAGCUGAGGCCUCUGGGCUGUGACCGCCUGUCGCCCCCCAAUCCUCUCUCUUGGGGCCGACAGUUGCACCCACAAGCAGGAAGGCAAGGCAUGAGCAAGGCGCCAAGCUGGGGCUUGAACCCGGGCGGGGACUCUGGAGCCACCGUGCACAGUGAGCCCCCGAGGGCCAUCCCUGCCCCGGGCAGGGGUCGGGUCAGGAUCCCUCAGCACCCCAUAGGCGCCCCCGCAGCCCCCUGGCCCCUGGCUGGCUGACCAUGAGAGUCAGAGCCUUGGUGACUGCGUGGGCUGUGCAGGGAGCGACACAGGCAGGGCUGGGGUCCCACCAGACCCCCACCCCAGCUGUAGCCCGAAGCCCCUGCCUGGUUCACCUCUCAGGAGCUGGCCCCACCCCAGUGGCUCUGAUGUCAUCUGGGCUCCUUAAGGCUCCCAGGUGACUCCCAGGUGGCCGGGGCUGAGAACCCUCAGGAACGAGGAGACCCCCGGGGCAGCCCAUCACGGGGCUCUGAGCCUCUUCGCCUGAUCCCUAAGGCCUCGGCCAGUUCGGCCCCUCCGGGCUCUGUCCUCACCCUGCUCCCCCUCCCCCCACAGCCCAUCAGCAAACACGCUGGGUGCUGCUGAAUGCCGGGAAACAGACGGGGCUCUGUGUGCAGUCUGGGGAGGGCAACAGGUGUGGCCGGAUGGAGGGGAGGCGCGUGCGUGCUGCUGAUCAGCGGCUAGAGGCCGGAGUCUGGCCCCCGGAACCAGUAGGGUCGGAGUCACCCAGGAGCAGGUUACGAAUGCAAAUGGCAGGCCUGUGAGUGAGGCCUCCACCUGCGGUGCCUGCGCAUUUGAGUCCGGGCUGCUCCACUUCCGACCCAGCUCCUGCUAAUGCGCCUGGGAGAGCAGUGGAGGAUGGGCCAGGCACUGCACCCACCUGGGAGACCCAGAGGAAGCUCCUGGCGCAGAUCUGGCCCAGCGCCGGCCGUUGUAACUAUGUGGGGGCGAUCCCUCGGUGUCAGU